AGUCCACAACUAUGCAUCAACCUCUUGAAGCUUAGGUGAGCAUAAGAAGUAAAAGAAGCAAUUUAAGGAAGAAACCGUACGAAGAACCAGCUAGUCUUUUUUAUAAACAGUUUAAAUUAUAUAAUUUGUGAGUUAAAUUAAGAUAAGAUACGUUCAUCUUCCAAAAAUAGUCCACGUGGACAACUGAUAAGAAAUGACUCCCACUUUCGUAAAGCAAAUAAUAUUUUGCAUUUUCAUGUUUAAAAUUAUUCACUUUUAAGUUCAUUUGUGUGAACGUAAGUAGUAUAAUUGAAACAUUUGCCGCAAAAACAAUGACCGGUCGGGAGUUUCCCAAAGUUUACUUGAAAUUUGAGGGGCGCCUGCUUAUCAACGGCAAAAAGCGACAAUACUGGAUUCAGGAUGCCACUGAGGACAUGUUUGACGAACUAGAGGAUCUUAGUGUUAAUAAAUUUAUCGGCGAUGAACCAACUACAAGAUACAUGAAAAUGUAUGACGAUCCCAUAAGUCUUGAAGAAAUUCGCGUGAUAUGGCGAAAGUUUAUCGAUUUAAAACUCACUCUGGUCUGCUUAACGAAAGACGAUGAGAAUAAAACAAAAAUUGUCGCUUUCAACGUGUUAUAUUUGAGCAAUGCCGAUGAUAAAACUAACUACGACUUACGCGGAGAAACUUCACAACGCUUGUUUAGAAUGUUUAAAUGGCUGGAAAACCAACGUAAUUUUUUCGAAGAGUUCAACAUUCAAUGCGUAAUGAAAUCAAGGGGUUUAUAUGUGCUGGAAGAUUAUCGACGUGAGGCUCUUGGGGAACGAUUGUUGGAGGCUCGUGAAUAUAUGUGUAGACAUUUAGGGAUUACCGCAACUCUGACAACAUUUACCUCGUUUGUUUCGCAAAAAUUAGCAGCUCGCCUUGGUUUUCAGGACUUUUAUUCUGUUGAGUAUGAAGAGUUAGGUAGGAUUGAUCCGGGAAUGUAUAUUCUUUUUUUAAGAAUAAAAAUGUAA